CUGGGACGCGGCAGCCUGGCACCCCCUCCCCGCCGCUUCCGAGCCACCCGGAGGCCAGCGCCCAGAGGAGCCGAGCAGGAGAGCGAGGCUGCGGCUGUGGGGCUCUGUGCAGACUCGCUCAGGGCAGAGGGCGGAGGGAGGAGGCAGGGGGGAGGCGCUGGGAGCGGAGGCCCCACCUUUCAUUCCAGCAAAGUGCACCCGCGGAGCAGGGAUGAGUCACAGGCGCGGGCGCUCGGGUUCCCACAGGUGAGGGGCUGCCUCGCUCCGGACAACGCAGGUGCCCGCUCGGGAGUGGCCUGGCAGGGGGCUGCAGCCCUCCGUCUGCCGUCUGGCCUGGGGGCCAGGGCUGGGCUUCCUCAUGUAUGGCCGGAGCCUCCCGCGCGCUGCGCUGCUCCUGCUGGGCAUACAGCUCACAGCUCUCGGGCCCGGAGCCGCCGUGGAAAUUUACACGUCCCGGGUGCUGGAGGCUGUGAACGGCACGGACGUCCGGCUGAAGUGCACUUUCUCCAGCUUCGCCCCCGUCGGCGACGCUCUGACCGUGACCUGGAAUUUCCGCCCCCAGGAUGGGGGCUCUGAGCAGUUUGUUUUCUACUACCACAUGGACCCCUUCAAACCCAUGAGCGGACGGUUCAAGGACCGGGUGGUCUGGGACGGGAACCCCGAGCGGUACGACGCCUCCAUCAUGCUCUGGAAGCUGCGGUUCGACGACAACGGGACAUACACCUGCCAGGUGAAGAACCCGCCCGACGUGGACGGGCUCGUCGGGGAGAUCCGGCUCAGCGUCGUGCAGACCGAAAAGAAGAAGAAAGACUCAACCAAGAGAAGAAGGUCGCGGUUUACCUGGAAGACACAGACUAACGUUCCUCAAUGGAGGCGGAGGAGGCCAAGGGCAAGACCCCAGGAGGAGCCGAAGUGGAGGGAAGCUUGUCGCUGGCCCUUUCGUGGUGACCUGUUUCCGACCAGCUCUACCCAGGACCACCCAGACAAGCACCCGAGCCUUCCCGGGAGACACGGCCAAAGCACCCCUCGCUGAGGACCUCUUCUCUGUUAGUUAGAGCGCAAGCAACUUCAAGUGAGCGUUUGUGCCCUGGGAAGCAGCGCUCUGGCCGGAGCAGUCCUCGGUGAUGAUGACUCGUCUGCACCCCUGGCAGCGCCUGCGAGGAAAGCCCCCUGUCCACCCGCAUUUCCUCUGCAUUCGCUCCGGGAGCAGCGCUCCUGCUGCUGGAGUUGAUGGGUUCACCUGUCCUCCUCGCAGCGAAGCAGGCCAACCUCCCAGCUGUUUCCAGGAACAGAAAACCCCAUAGUUAAGCGGCGCAGAGCAGUUUGGUUUUCACGGCGCUCCUUUAAUCUGGGACACAUCUUACCGUAUGACCUUCCUUUCAAUAUCCCUAGAUGGUAGUUUUUUCCUAUUUUUGUCAAUUGAUCAAAAGUUUACCAGAGAGCACCGUCUAAAUCACAGAGUCGCUAAGGAAAGGCUACCGUAGUGCUAACAGGUGACAAAUGCCACUCUCUGGGUGAACUGCUUGUCACCGGCACCUUUUUUCUGUUUUGUGAAAAGCCAUCGACAGCGCAGGUCUUUCAGAGCAGUGAUGGCUGUGUCUCCUGCCCCCUCCCCACCUCUAUGAUCUGUAACAACAGCAAAGUAUGCUCAUUCCUUUGUAGCCGGGAUCAUCAAGCAGUUAAUUAGAAGAAUUCUGAAAUGGUAUUUUAUGAUUUUAAAAAUUUAGGGCAGGUGAAAAAAAUCAACCCUAAAUGAUGGUCAUUUUGUUCAAUGGUACACAAAGCUCUGAGAACUGGAAGAGGUUACUUCUUUCUUUUUUAAAAAUUCACUUGUUCUGGGGGAGAAUUUGGUGUGGGGCAAAGAAAUGCCAAAACUAACAGAAUGAAAUCAACUUUAUUCUUUUUUUCUCUUAUACUAAUAGAUAAAAGAAACGUUAUAAGUGAGCUAUGAAAAAAAGAGAGCUUUUUAAAAAGUGUCUAGUUUUCUGGCUUAUUUCCAAACUUAAGUUAUAGCAGCAUUUAUUCAGAAGACAGGAAACAUCUAAAAGUUUAGGCUUCCCCCACAUCUUUACAACAUGAUAUGUUCAGUUUUCACUGACUGGGCUAAAGAUGUUAUUUCUUUUAAUAAACUGGAAUUUUCAAAUAGA